UGACGGAUAGUGGCAGCUGUGCGAUAGGCCUCAACACAUCUGCGUAAGGGGUGCGGUGCAACCUGCUAGACAUGCGGAAUUUUCCUUCACAGGCAGCGCAUGCUCGCUGCUGGCAACAGGCGAGAAUGCCGCCUCAGACUGCACAGUUUUUACUGCCGUAUGAAAGGCCAUGCUCAUAAAACCAUUCGUCGUCGUUGCGUGCAAAACUCCACAGAAGCGCGGACAUGAAUGCCGUAAUCCUUCUUCUCUUCGUCAUCUGGACCGUACUGUUCACGACGCGCAACAUCACAAGGCGGAAGGACUCCUUGACGGACGAAGAAAGGCGGCGAUUGGACGAACCGCUCUUCCUGACACCGUUUUUGGAUGCAAACGACACCGAAAAGGCACGGCAUCUCAGCAGAGUCACCCUCUUUGAAGAAGGUUACGGCGUUGAAGCGCACUCGGGCUACAUCACAGUUGACAAGAUUCUAGGCAGCCACCUUUUCUUCCUACUUACAAAAACAAAGCAUUCCUCUUCCGACGAGGCCCCUCUGAUUCUCUGGACGUUCGGCGGUCCCGGUGUGUCCUCACUACUCGGACCGUUGCUCUUCAACGGCCCCUUUACUUUAGAUGCGCAAGGGCGACUCGUGGCAGCAUCUCCGGCAAGCGGCCAGCUGCAGUCGUUCGCCCACGUCCUCUACCUGGACCACCCGGUCGGCAGUGGGUACAGUUUCGCCGAGCAAGAAGGCGAUGACAGGACAUUCGCCAAGAGCAUCGACGACGCCGUCGACGCGGUCGAUGACUUUCUCUACCAGUUCGAGCUCCUCUUCCCCGAAUUUCGGGGCCGGCAGUUUUACUUCGCCGGAGAAUCGUACUCGGCGAGAGACGCCUUCGGCUACGCCAACCGGUACCACGGCAAGGGGGUCAAGACGAGCCUGAAGUUGGCCGGCAUCAUGAGCGGUGCCGGUUUCAUCGCGCCGCUGCUGAGGGCCGCCAACCCCGCGAAAUUCCUGCUCCAGCUCGGGCUCAUCGACGUUCACGGGAGGCGGCUGUUGGACGAGAAGUUUAGGCAGAUGAAGGAAUCGGUGGACGACGAAGAGAUCAUCGUGGCUCUUUUACUGCUCAGGGAGGUGUUCACCAAGACAGAAGAGGGCGGACCUUCGCUGUUCGAGUCGCUGACGGGGUUCCGCCACCGAGCGUCGGCACUUCGUUCCACUGAGCCACCGGAAUUCGCGGCUUACCGGAAGUACGUCACGAGCGAAGACUUCAAGAGGGCCGUUCACGUGGGCGUCAACGCCACUAUGGAGCGGCAGCGCAACAUCGUGAGCACCACUCUCUACUCGUACGACGCCUUCAAGGACAUCAGGGAGCUCGUGGCGACGGUGCUGGACAAGCAGCGAGUGCUUGUGUACGGCGGGAACAUGGACGUCGUCUAUCCAGCGGAUGACGUCUACGGGUUCCUGCGGUCUCUCCAAUGGAAAGGCGAAGAGGAUUUAAGGGUAGCGAGGAGAAGGCCGUACAGGAACGCAUCAGACGUAGGAGGUGAAGUGGUGGGCUACAAGAUGAUUGUCCGCAACUUCACGUAUGCGUUGCUCGUGAAUGCCGGUCACUACGUGUCACUGGACAGUCGCGGAGCAGUCGUGGAUCUCUACAGAGAUUUUGUGCACUCCAACACCACUUCUACUUAGCGAACCAUUUCGUGACCUCGUCCUAAUAUGCAUACGACAUUUUACAAAUGCUCGAUGAGGUUCUGAUGCAACUCGUAUCUUCGUGUGAUUUUGACCUCCCAGGUGCCCUCGCCCGCCAAAAGAAGGUAUCGCUCCGAAAGGUUUGCCUCAAUGGGGCUUUCACACAUCACAUGCGCUAGGCAUGGAUCUAUCGGCACCUCUUCGAGCUGCCCGCUCAUCUAUCCAUUAGUGCGGGAGGGACACCCGCUUCACCUUUUAUUGAUGGGCUCCUGUCUCCAAACAGCCCAUCGACGUCCGUGGUAAUAGCAGGGUUGUUCAUACCAUUCGGCAUCAAUACUUGUACUGCUGCAUCCAUGGACCAUAUUAUCACUGUUUAUUGAACCUCAUGUGACAGACAAGCCUUGACAAUCAUAUGUAGCUCUUCUUUUAAUGCCAACUAACACUCGAAACAAAUGUCUACGCGCUCGUCUCAGCUGCCUAACGAUAGAACUUUAUUAGAAGAAAAGAUUCUGAGACCUGCGCCGACGUGCUCAAGUAUGUAAGUACAAGGCCACUAAAGCGCUAUUGCGUUGUUUAAGGCGACUGGACUACACGAUUACCUGUGAAUGUCAGCGCACGUUCCACUGCAGCUGUGGGCGCAAUUUUUUUUCUUAUGUUUCUGUGCCUAUUUCAAUUUCCCAGAGUGCAGGUUAGCCAACAGAGUGCAACCAUGCAUAUUAAACCAACAUGCCCUUC